UUGUUGUCCUUGUUUGCAAUAUGGCAGUUGCUGAUUUCUGCAUGUUAUUGACCGGUAGUUAUUUGCAGUAUUACCAAGUUUUAUCUCUCGGAAACGAAACUUUGUGUCAGGUUAUGAAUGCCGCCGACAUCGCUUUUCUUCACGUGUCGGCUUUUACUAUUGUCGUCAUAGCUUUCGAGCGUUUUAUACGACUCAACUAUCCUCAUUUUAUAGUCCACGAGAACAGCUAUUAUCCCGAAGUUUUGGUGUGCGGCAUCAUUUGGAUUCUGGCGGCUGCCGCCGCUAUGCCAGUGGUAUACCACGGUGGAUUCGAUGGCGAGAACUGCAACAACAGUAUGGCUGAGAACUUUUCCAGGGUCUAUUUUUCUGUGAUUUUCUUCACCUCCUACAUCGUUCCAGGGGUGGUAGUUGGUCUUCUGUACACGUCAAUCAUAGUGAAGACAUGCUCUUCAGCAAACGCACAAGUUCUGCAACCGAUAAACCAGCAUAGAAUCACCCAAAUGCUGGCUGCGAUAAUAGCCCUGUUUUGGCUAUUCCACAUGCCGUUUUGGUACUGUCUUAUCAAAACCAUGUGGUUCCGGGAACCAAGUGAACAUUUCACGUACGCCGUUGUGCUUACAUAUCUAAACGCCACAACAAACCCUUUCAUGUACUUCAUGUUACGAACAUACCAUUGCAGAGACUUCAUCAAGUGUUUCUAUAUCAGAAUCCGAUUUAUCUGCCCAUGUAAAAAAGCCGCAUCCGGUAGCCGCAAAGACAACAACGACAAUGACGCCGACGACGAUGACGAUGAUUUCCAAUACGCAUGCGACAAUACACAGAAAACGCCCUUCGAUGCACGAAAAUUAUCCCAUCAGAAUCGAACCCCAAUCAAGUUUUAUGAUUUGAAUGGAAAGAAAAGCAGCUUGGAGAAAAACGUCGGCAUUCUUACUCAGGAUCAACAGAUGAGGUUUAACAAAGGUCAACAAGGUCAACCUCAAGGAGUGUACGGACACCAAACUCAAGUGGCCACAGUGGGGGCUAGAAAGAACCUCCAGGUACCUUAUGGCCAUGCUGCAAACUACGUGAAACAAGAGCCAGUUCUCAUGGCCAAAAAAGUGGCAAUAUAUCGACGACCAAUUCAUGAAACUGGCCUUUAGGCUAACAACUUUGUCGUUUCAAUGACACUUAAAUGGGCUUUCCGAAAAAUCAGACGACAUAACGAAACACAGUUUCAGCAUGUUGGCUCAAAGAUUGACAAAAAUGUUCAAAGGAAAAAAACACGAACAGAUACAAAUUUGCUUAGAAAAAAAUUAGAUUAGAAAUUAA